AUGGUGGAAAAAGCGUCGCAUGCCUUUACAUGGGAGCGUCUGAAAAGUCUGCAAUGGCACAGAAUUUUCCAUAUGUUCUACAUAGAACCGGUUGUGUUCAUGUUACUAUUUUCGCAUACAUUGUCAGGUACAAUAUUGCGCAAUCAAAUCAUCUACCAGACCUGCACAACGAUCUUUAAUUACAAUCAGAGCGAUUGCAAACUCUUGGAUUCGAAGAAUGCUAGCGCCGAAAUAAAUGCCAUUGAAACGGAACUGCAGCCAUAUGUGGCGAACUUGUUUUUGUCGCGCACUCUACUGGAAAGUAUUGUUCCCGCCUUCUGCGGUCUCUUUAUCGGCUCAUGGUCGGAUCAUUAUGGACGCAAGCCAUUGCUCAUUGUUUCGAUGAUUGGCUUUGCUGCCACUUUUCUUGUGACGGCCUCGAUCAGUGAGUUAUCCAACUUCUAUGUUAUCAAUCCCUGGUGGUAUAUCAUGGCUGCAGUGCCCCACUCGGUCCUUGGAGGUAAUUGUGUGUUCUCUGUAGCCGCUUUCUGCUUCAUCUCAGACAUUACGGACACUAAAGAGCGGCCUUACAGAAUGAUUUUCAUGGAGGUGCUGUUCUUCAUUGGUCUCACCAGUGGAUCGCUGCUCUCCAGCUUUGUGUAUGCGGCGACUAGUGCAUCAAUAACAAUCGGCAUCUCUGGAAUUAUUGUUACAUUCGCCACACUAUUCAUAAUUUUCUUCGUGCCCGAAAGCUUGCACAUACGUCUGGAUCGGGAUGCCAAAACCAAGCUCAACAAGGAGAAUGAAGUGCCUAUCACGGCUUGUGAUUUACAGCUGGAUCGUGUGGCUAUUGACUGUCCCCCCAAUUUCGUAGAAAGUAAUGAGAAUGAGAAGUGUGAUUCUCCACAGAUAGAGGUAUCAUCGCCAUCUCCCACAAUAAAGAGUGAUGAGGAUAUUUUGGCGCGAUAUGUGGAAAAGUUGCCGGAAAAGGCAAGGAAAACAUUGCCUGAUACCGAUAAAAAGAAAAAGGCUGGACUAUUCAGCUAUAUGCAUAUCAGAGAAAUGUUAAAUACUUGUUUCACAAAACGUGAACAUCACGCGCGUGCCAUUAUCUGGCUAGUCACCAUGGCCAUGUUCCUGUCCAUUUUUGUUUUUGACGGUGUCAUGGGUGUUAUGUAUUUGUUUGUACGCGAAAAAUUCCACUGGACCGUGCGUGAUUAUACCUUCUUUGAGACCGUCAGCCAUUUGGUACCGAUGUUGGGAGCCCUUGUAGGCUUUCUUGUGUUGCGCAAAGUCUUUCGACUGUCCGUGGUUACUCUGGCACUGUUGGCUUUCUUCUCCGAGAUACUUAACAAUAUGGCGAAAGGUCUUGCCACGCAGGCUUGGCAUAUGUACCUUUCUGUGGCGUUGGGUGUUUUUCGCUCCAUCUCUGGUCCAAUGUGUCGCACGAUUGUCUCCAAUAUAGUGCCGCCGUCUGAUUUAGGCAAGAUUUUCUCUAUCAAAAACGUUCUGCAAUCGUUUGCUCCGUUUUUUGCGGCACCUCUCUAUACGUACGUGUACAAGCUCUCAUUGACAACCUAUCCGGGUCUGUUUAAUUUUGUCAGCGCAUCGCUAUAUUUUCUGUCAUUCGUAUUUAUCGGAUGUGUCUUGCGCAUCAAGUUCAUCCAUAAGCAGCAUUAUGCCAAGGUGCUGAAGUAAGUAAUUGUUAAAUACUUAGCAUAAUAUUUAUAUACACUUGUAAAAAUA